UCUCAAACUCUCUUCCAAUUUGAAACGUCCCAUGAGCUUUGACUGUGAGAAAAUACACCUCAUAAAGUUCCAACGACCCAUUUAAUUAAAGAAAACCCAUAUUCACCAUUAGUUUUGAUUCUGUAAAUCUAUGGGAAAAGUUUAUAUUUUGGUGUGACCUUAUGUUCAAGGAGAUGUUUUGGAGAUAAUACUGUAUUACUCAAUAAUAGAUCAUGACCUUUAGAUUUAGACCAACGAACUCAACUCUUGUAAUUACACGUGCAGCCUAUCUUUUUAUUUUGCUUCCUUGCAUGAAAUACUGACGUACAAACAAGGAAAAGAGAGAGUGCGUGAAUAUUUACACAAGGAGAGAGAGAGAGGGAGAAAUAUAGGGAAGAAAAAGUCAUUUGCUUCUGUUUUAUUUCUUUAUCUGUUCAAAAGUUUAUCUUUCCAAGUUGAACUCUUCAAAAUCUUGAAACAAUUAUUUGGUGUUAUAAUUUAUAUGCCUGUUUCUCAGUGAGUGAGAAUACAUAGAAAUAGAAUUAAGGGAGUUUUCCUUUUAGUCUGAGUCCGAUCUUUUACUUCCGAUAAACUUUCACAUCUGAUCCUGUUUGCAUCACUUGUUCAUAUGAAGCUAUAAAUUUUGUGAUCUGUGCCCAAUCCCACAUACAGGAUUUGAACUUUCUCAACUUUGUUUUAUACUCUAAUUAUAGUUUUCUGAUCUGGUUUUUUUAGUUCCUCUGUUUGUUGUACUAUUUGUCUGGUGCUGGAUCAAGAAUUGCUACAUUGUUGCACAAAUUGAGUAGUCGAUUGCUUCCUGUUCUUGAUUUUAGUAUUGGGUUUUUGUUGGUUUAUCAAGUAAAUCAAUGGAGGUGGAUCAAGAAUUGAGGUUUGUGUGCAAGUUGUGUAACAAGAGGUAUCCAUGUGGGAAGUCACUAGGGGGUCACAUGAGGGCUCAUAUAAUUGCUAAUUAUGCUGAAUCUGAGGAAAAAGCUGAAGCAAACUUGGAAAAGAUGAUGUUUCUUAAUGACGGUGGAAAGAAUUUCAUCAAAGAGUCGAAGGCUGUUGAACUUGGAAAUGGGCAAUCAAGUUAUGGACUUAGAGAAAAUCCCAAGAAAACCUGGAGGGCUGUCGAUUUGACUUCUCCCUUGCCACAGGAGAAGGUCUGCAAACAAUGCGGUAAAGGGUUUCAAUCAACGAAAGCAUUGUGCGGUCAUAUGGCGUGUCAUUCAGAGAAGGAUAGGGAUUUGAAGUACGAUCAUUCUUGGACGAGUUCAAAGAUGGUGAUGGAUAGUAAUUCGGAUGCUGAGGUUGAGGAUCGUAGGCUGAGAACAAGAUCAGCAAAGAGUAAGAGGAACAAGAAUGUAGUUGUUAAGUCGUCCUCUUUUUCCUUAGCUAAUAGUUCUUCGUCUGUUUCUGAGAUCGAUGAGCAAGAACAAGAGGACGUAGCCUUGUGUUUAAUGAUGUUAUCUAGGAAUUCUUGGAAUGAAGGAGGUGUAAAUUCAGUUGUCGAGACUUCUGAUAAUGAUUCAGUUAUUUUGGAGACUAAAUCUUCGUCCAUUGACAUGAAAAUUUGUAGAAAGGAAUUCCUAGAUUAUGUUCACAAUGUAGACGAGACUCCCCAAACGAAGAAAAUUGGGAAUAGGAAAUCAAAAGCCAUUGCUUUGGAUGCUGACAUUGCUCAAAUGAGUAACUCAGAUUCGGGUUAUUUCUUAGACGAAUGCACCAAGGUUGACUCCGAUUUAUCUGUUGAUGGGCACCAUAGAAACAGUUCUUCUAAUGAUUCCAAGAAGCUGUUUACGAGUAUUGGAGCUAGACGUGAGGAGUCUGCUAUUGGAUUCAGGAAGAACUCGUAUGGAGUCAAGCAUUUUGAAACAGAGCAGAGCAAAGAACUUACCAAGGAAAAUGGAUACGGGAUGAAUUCAAAUUCUGUUAAGAUUCACUCGCGAAAGAGAGAGUAUAUUUCUGAGAGUAGGAGAAUGGAAAAUGGUUCUUCAGAAGUAGGCAAUAAGACACAGAUGAGAAGUAAAUAUGAAUGCUUGAACUGUAAAAAGACCUUUAACUCAUAUCAGGCUCUUGGAGGCCAUAGACCCUGCCACAAAAGAAACAAUGUUAGUUCUGAACCUCAUUACGAAACUGGUGAAAACAGCCUAGAUGACUAUGCUCUCGAUUCCAGAACAGUUAAAAAAUCAGUUGGUAAAAAUACCUCCAACUAUGCUGAGAAAAAAGUUAAGCCUAAGAAGAACAAAGUGCACGUGUGUCCAUUCUGCCACAAGGUUUACAAGAACGGCCAGGCUUUAGGGGGGCACAAGAGAUCUCAUUUUAUCGGUGGUCAAUGGAAAAACAAUAAUCAAACUCCAGAAAUCAAGCCCAAGUUUCCCAACUUAUUUGAUCUUAAUCUUCCGGCUCCAGAGGAGGAUGAGGAUGACAUGCUGCCAAUUCCUUCACGGUAGGUUGGUAUUCAACUCAGGCGCGACUAGCAUUUGGAUAAUCUGGUUAACAAUAUGCCUCAUUAUGAUCUGUUUUUUGCUGAUAUCAACGAUGGUGCUGGAAUUGCAACUAAUUUGCUGUAUAUCGACUGUAAGAAGCCUUAUAAUAUCGUCCAUUUCAUUCUAAGAAUAGGCCUCAAUUUUUGACCUUAAAUUCAUCCAUCCUUUUAUAUUGAAACAUUGACAUUGGCACA